AUGUAUAAGCUGAAAGGUAGGAGUUUUUGGGAGGUCCCGAGCCGUGGUCGUAUGACUUGGGGUUGGAGGAAGCUUCUCGCAAUUCGAAGCUUAAUCCGGCCUCAUUUGUGGUCUACUAUUGGCAACGGGUCUCAAACAAACAUAUGGAGUGAUAUGUGGUGUAAUCAAUGUCCUUUGAGUAGUUUUAUUAGCCCGAGACGCAUCUCUAAUGCUGGUUUUCAUCUUCAGUCUUCGGUUGCUGAGUUGGUUUCGCUCAGUGGGGAAUGGAAAUGGCCGAUUGCUUGGUAUGAUUUAUUCCCUGUUCUAAUCAAUAUUCAGGUUCCUACUUUUCUUGAUAGACAGGAUCGGCUGGUAUGGAAGGAUCUUGAUGGCAAUUCUCGCCGCUUCUCUUCUUGGGAGGUUUGGAAUAAUAUUCGGCAUCGUGAAAACUUAGUGUCAUGGGUUAAUAUGGUUUGCUUCAAACAUUGCAUCCCAAGGCAUUCGUUUCAUUUGUGGCUUGUCAUUAGGAAUAAACUGAAGACGCAAGACAGAUUGUCGGUUUGGGAGGCAGGAAGUGCUACAAAUUUAAACCUCAUGUGCUGUCCGUUGUGUUACCAUGAUAGAGAUUCAAGGAAUAACCUACUCUUUGAAUGCUCGUUUGCUAUGGCGGUUUGGAAUAACGUUAAGGCGUGGACGAAUAUGGAAAGUGUUAGUGGUAGUUGGGCCGAAAUUAUGUCUUGGAUGAAUCAGAACUCGAACAUGCAGGUGCCGGAAAAUAUCAUCAGUCGCUUGGUACUAUCAGCUGCUUCUUAUUUUGUCUGGCAGGAAAGAAAUAAUAGGCUCUUUUCUAAAAACCAGCGUACGGAGAUGGUGAUUGCUCGUGAGAUCAUUCGAACGGUUAGAUUGCGCCUUUUGUCAUUCAAAUUCAAGUGGAGACCUGGCCUUCGAAGAUUACUUGAGAAAUGGCAGCUUCCUAGUGGAAACAUGGUCAUCGAUCCAGGCUGA